AGAAAAUCCUGCCGGUCCCGCGCCUUCCGAGUUCAGCGGGAGUUUGCUGUGUGAACCGUUUAAAGAACCAACGAAUGAAUGAGCCUCCUACUGGCCUGGGGGCCUCGGGGCCCCGCGGGGCUGCGAAUCUCGCGGACGCUCCGGGCAUCCUGGGGCGCGCCGGGUCCUUUCCGCGCAAGCUGGGGCGCGGGGCUCCCCUGGCUCCUGGUGCCCGGAAUCCCGCGGUGACGGGGGCGGCAGCGGGGCCGAGGGCGAGCGGAAGUCGAGGCGGCGCUCCCGAGAACAGCCCGGCAGCUGAGAACCUGGACUGUGAGCCGUGGGUCAGAGAGAAAGUGCUGUUUCUUCUGCACCCAGAGAGAUGGUUGGGGACUCCAGGGGACCCUGCACGGGAAGAAGUGGCCGGUGGGGAGGACCAGGCGGCCGGAGAGGACCGGGAACCCGACUGCCCGUCUCUCUUCCCACGAGAAAAGCGAAUUUCUGGCAGCCGUGUAGACGCUCCCUUCAGAGCCCUGCCGUGGGACCCCGCAUCCCCACCCAAGUCCGUGCUUGUGCGGAUUGUGGACUAUCAGAUGACAGAAGAAGUCCUGUGGACCUCAUGGACGAAGGGCCAAAUGACCGCACGGACCGAGGAGCACUCCAUGAGCGCCAUCACUUUUCGCACCAACAGGGAGUGAAGCACCAGGCUGUGGGGCGCCAGGACUCCGGAGAACCACCGGCUCUCCCCGUCCAUGCCGCGGGGAGAUCACCUCACGGUCCCCAAGGACUGGAUUGCCCGAGGAUAUGAAACAGGAAAGAGGAGCCUUAGGAAUGUUGCGGGCUGGUGGACGAGCGAUAAGCCUUUAAGAAAAUGCUCUUCCGGGAACGCCAACCUGUAAUUAACCAACAGCAAGGACCUUUUAUAAGGCUAGGGCAGCGCAGCAAGGAGGCAGAUGACACUCCAGACAGAAUGAAGAACUGUGAGCAACAUAAUACCUCCUUUGUGUCUUAAAUACUGUGACGGUCUCGGGACCUAAGUCAUUGGAAGAGGGGAAAGAAAGUAGUGUGGUCUGGUUUGGGGAUCUGUGAGGAGCAAAGCAUUCCCUCUAGAGAUGAACUGCUUGACUUUAGCACUGCUGAAGGAGUAUUUGGUUACAGCAAGAACUAACAAGGUUUUCCUGAUCCAAGCAGAACCCAGUUGUGUGAGGAGCCUGAGGAGUCUUUUCGCAUUCACAGUGUCCUGGGAGUGAAUCCAAAGUGAAAUCCGAGUGUCCCAAUACGAAGAAAUCUCCCGAGAAUGUCUGGGUCUUUGCUCUUAGGUCUUACCUCCACUUUGUGUAAAAAUGUGACCAUCUGAAAUUGCCUUAGGUGGAUGAAUCAUAGCAAGGACUUUCAGAAACCACCUGGCCACUCAAGUGACCAUAAGGCAAAUUUCACACAACCACCAUUAGGCAAGUGUUGACCUCUCUGAAAACCUUUGUCCACAACCUCCACCUAUGUCCACAACCUCCACCACCUUUGAGAUUCAUUACAUUUUACUUGCUGUUCUUA